AUGUCCAUCUCGGUCACGACUGCCUCACGCGACCAGGCUGGAAAAGAAGGCAACUUCAACGUAUAUCUCACGGCGUUGUUGGGCUUUACCGCGCACGGCGCACGGGCGCAGUUCUUGUCGUGGUCGAUGGCUUGGGAACGCGAAGUUAUGGCGCAGAGUGACGCACUCAAAGAAUUUCUGUCCGCAGCGCCCAAGAGCGAGUACGGCGCGUUCGCCGGGGGCACCGGCCGGACCAACUUCAGCACCAAGCAGCUCACGGAGCUCGAGAAGGAGUUCCACUUCAACAAAUACCUGACGAGAGCGAGACGAAUCGAGAUCGCGUCUGCACUUCAACUCAAUGAAACCCAAGUCAAGAUUUGGUUCCAAAACAGAAGGAUGAAACAAAAGAAGAGAAUGAAGGAAGGUCUUGUGGCUCCCGAUACCCCUACUCCGGCUACCAACGAUAACAGUAACGACUCUGAUUCAACUGCAACCACAAACUCAAAUGGUACUAGCAGUAACGGGCCAAGUUCUACCAACAAGCCGGACUCUCCUUCAACAACUUCAGGAACUUCCAACAACAACAACACUAAUGGUAGCAGUAUUAACAGUAAAAAUGUCAGUAACGUGGACGACUCGCCUGUCAGUAACGGGGUAGGCAACUGUAGUAACAGUAGGGAUAGCAGUAAGCUAGGUAGCAGCAGUAGCAACAUAAAAACUGCACCCAAUAGUGUUUCUAAUAAAAAUUCAAUUAGCGUUUCUCAGACUUUAAUGAUCACUUCAAAGCAAGCCAAAUCGCAAGCGUUGCCCGCCUCCACACACGCGCCACCGUAAUACAUUAUCUAUAUUUGUUCAUCUUUUUGUAUGUAAUUUAGAUCUAAUUUAUCAGCAUUAUGGUCGCCAUUUUUUCAUCUGUUUGUAUGUUAUUU